UCUACGAUGCAUCUACGAUCGUUCCUUGCCGUCGGAUUAGCCGCCAGCCACGGCGUGCACUCCCUCCGCCUGGGCCUCCCGACCGUCGCUCUCAGCAUGGCUUUCACACUUGGUCAAGCGACGCUCGCCGUGUCCGACGUGGCGGCCGACGGCCUUGAGAGGAGGCAAGGGGAGACCGUGUGCCCGUCGAUCGACCCCUCCGAGUGUAGGGCGGUGAAGCAGGACAAAAGGGCCAACAAUGACGACGACAGCGACGACGACUUCGACGCUGCCGGUCUCGUCGAGGAUGACGGGGAAGACGAGGACGAUUGAGCUCCCUUCCCCUCUUGCAUUUGGACUUGUAUGGAGGCGAGCACGGGCACCCUAUACAAUGAAGCCGCGCGCGCGCGCGUGCGUAUCUGGACGCGCGGGCUGGCCCCUAGAUAGAAAUGUGUGAGAGAAGCUGCCGUCUUAUUCGGCCUGCCUAUUCAGAUCGCAAACCUACUCUUCAUUCCUUUCAAAUUUAAUUUUUUUUUCCAUUCUUCUCCGGGACCGCUGUUGUUCACAGUCACAUGGCGUGAGCAAUGCGGGUUCGAUACCUGACACAAACGUCGCAAACACCUCAAGCCAGACGGGUCCGACCAAACACAGUGAACGAAACAUUGCA